AUGGAGCCGCAUUCUCGACUCUCGGCCUUGUCCAUGGACAUGUUGACAGCCUCUUUGUUGGAGCACACCGUCCGCUACGACCACGAGACCUCUCUGGCCGAGACCUACGACAAUUUUCUGGCCAACAACGCCGCCCUUCAGGCCAGUGGUCAGUUGUGCCGUGUGAUGUUGCGCUUAGUGCAGGAGCAGCAUGAACGCCGGCAGGCGACCAACUUCCCAGCCGUAGCCGGCAUCUCGGCCGAACUUUCGGCGCCCCCACGGAAGCGGAGUCGCGACGAUUUCCAGCCCACUCCGGAAUUGUCAGCAAAUUUGGUGGCUGAUGCGCGCAAUCAGCCGCUGGACACCGCCGAACUCAUGGAAGUGGAUUUUGAGCCCGCUGAGAACGCCGCCGACGAAGGAGGGACGUUGAAACGGAAGAUACGAAAGAUUAGCGCACAGCCGACAAGUGUUAUUGUGGAUGCGAGGAGGAGAAUGGGCCCGUUAACUCCGCUGAAUGUCGAUGCCAAUGAAGUUGUGGGGAAGAUUGAGGCUAAAAGUGAAUUUCCCGAGGCUUCCGCUGAAGGUGGGUUACUGUAAUUUUGGGAAAUAUGGGAAAUUGGGAAAGUCCAUGGAUUUUGGGAAAAAAUUUAAAAAAAUGGUCAAAAUAAUUUAAAAACAAACUUUUCAAUUUAAAUUUUACAAUUUUUAUUACUUAAUUUCCGUUAGGGAUUACUGUAAUCUUACACUUUUCAAAAUCAUUCGAUUUUUUUCAAAAUUUUUCGAAAAAAAUUAGAAAAAAAUCGAAAAAUUUUUAUCUCGCAUUCCUUGCCAGGUCGUAUUUUACAAUUUCCAUAACUUGAUUUUUCUCCUAGGAUUACUGUAAUUUCACUUUUUCCUAUUUUUUUCCAAAAAAUCUCGUUUUCCCUCAAAAAUUUCCCCUAAAAAAUCAUUUUUUCUUCCGGAUAUAGACGCAAAGACCAUACAAAUCCUCGUCAUAAGGUUCGUCUCAUAAAUUAUGCCGAUAUUUAUGCGUUUCCGGUCGUAAUUCCUCAAAAAUGUUGGAAGUCGGGGCUUGUUUGUUAUUUGAGGGGAAUUUUCUUGGGCCAAUCCUUUGGCACGAGCGUGCACCGUGCAUUAGCCGGUUGUUUGUUUAUUUUUGCCCGAGGAACCGAGUCUUGCUUGCAAAAUACGAGCCGUUUUUGAAAAAAAUCUAACUUUUUUUCAAAUUUAUGCAAAUUUCGGGGAUAUCGGAUAUCAAAAUGGGACAAAAAAAACUUUCUCUGCUUUUCACCACCUGUUUUUUCAUAUUCACUAUGAUUUUCACCAAAAUUUCAAUCUUUUUCAAUUUUGUUUUUGGUCCCACCACGAAAACUUGAAAUCGCCUGAAACGCCUUGGCAUUGAUUUAAAAUCCUUCCUGACUACUCUAGCAGUAAUCAAGAGCAUACUGACUUCCUUCUUUCGGCUCAAAAUAACCGGUUGCUUGUUUUUCACACUCAAGUAUUCAUUGUUAUGGGCAUCAUGAGAUAAUAGAAGGCCGGCGCUGGGUGGGACGAAAGAAUGGGCCCAAAAGCGCAAGAAUAGAAUUUUGAACUCAUGCUUGAGAAGCCCCUUUCAGAAGGUGGCAUGAAAUUUGAGUUUUUUGAUAGGGGAAAAUACUUGACUCGGGUCAAGUGUUUCUUUAGUUAAAAUACUGAAGAAACACUUGACUAUGUUUAAAAAAUGAGAUUUCAAUGCCUCGUAUCUUACCUUCAAAAAUUUUUUUUGUGUUUUUCUUUGAUUGGCGUUUGCGGGAAAAGCUUGACCCAUUGUGUCAUGUCUUUCUCUGAUCUUUAAACCGUUGCUUGAAAUUUCUGAAGAUUUUUGAUUUUCGUAUUUUACCUUCUAAUUUUGCUAACAAACCCUUUCCAAUAAUUCCUGCGCACAGCGAAACACUUGACCCAUCGGAGUCAACUCUCCCCCCAUCUAAUUGCCCAAUAAAAUACAUUGCCGAAAAACAAGCGGCCAGACUGGAGAUAACAAUGUUCCGCUAACUUAUUUAUGAAAUGACUGAAGAGCCGUUGUUAUUCUUUUGGCCGCUUUGUUCGGCCGCCCCGCCAGCAAAACAGAGAGAAAAGCCGGCCCCGAAAGGUGGAAGGGCCUUUUGGUCAGUGGGAUUUCCUUUCCGCAGACAAAUUGCUGUGCCAUGAAUUCGAAUUCGGAAUGGCGGAACUGACCGAAUUCUUGAGUUUGGGCCCGCUGCAAAUGAGUAAGUGGAAAAGUUUUGGGAUUCCAUGGAUUUAGAUGGUAAAAAUCUUACUGUUUUUAAUUACAGAGUAAAAUUUUUUGGGUCUAUAUGCUUUUUUAAGCCUUUUUCUGACUUUUCCAAGCGUUUCGGGGCAAUGCCAAGCGAUUUUAAGACAAUUCAGGUUUUCGUGGUGGGACCCAAAUUUGAAGUAAAAAAUUCUGCAAACUAUGUAAAACUGUCUUACUACGUUUCUAGGAUGUCAUUAGCCUUUUUUUAGACUUUUUCCAAACGUUCUAAGGCGAUUCCAAGCGAUUUCGAGACAAUUCAGGUUUUCGUGGUGGGACCCAAAAUUGAAAUAAAAAAUUCUGCAAUUUAUGUAAAACUGUCUUACUACAUUUUUGGGACAUCGUUAGGCUUUUUUGGACCUUUUCCAAGUGUUUUGCGGCAAUACCAAGCGAUUUUGAGACCUUUCAGGUUUUCGUGGUGGAUCCAAAAUUGAAAUUUAAAAUUUGGCAAUUUUUGUAAAACUGGCUUACUACCACAUCCUAGAUGAAUUUUAUCUGUAUUGCAUUAAUUUCAAACUUUUUUAAAAUCAGAUUUUCGUGGUGAGACCCAAGUUCAAAAAUUCAAAAAAUUUUCUUUGUUGUCUAUCCCCUCACUCUCUAACAAUAAAUUCCGGGCAAAAAACACAAAUUGUUGACCGUUUUUCGGAACGUUUACAACCUUCGCUUUUAUGACCGAAAAUGGGAAAGGAAGAGGGAGAGAUUUCGUUAACUUUAUUGGCAUUCGACCUUUGUUAACGGCUCAUUUACUCUGAGUUUUGGGGAGAUUUCUGACUUGCCUUACUCAGUAAGGUCUCUAAAAGGUAUAGAAUUUGUAAACAAGGUUUUUUGAGCAGUAACUUUUAGUAUUUUGGGGGUCUUAAAAAUUUGUCGAAUUUUUGGGAUUUUUUUUGUAAAUUUUGAAAAUAUUUGAAUAAAUAGUAAGGCAAAACUAUAUUUAGACAAUGUAAAAUGGCCUAUUUUAACAUAUAAAACUAUAAUUUCCGGGAUUUCAAGGGUGUUUACCCCUUUUUUGGCAAAAAACCGUAGAAAAAUGACGUUUUCUCUUGCUUUUUCAUUUUUCCCCACUUUCCUCCGCUUUUUCAGUCCAAAAACUGACCUUUAUUCCUCCCCAACAUAAUGUUGUAAAUAAGUCCACAAUUUGGUCGUAAAAAUAUUGGACUAUUACGUCGUUAUAUCAAAUUUUAAUUGCAAUUUCCCCAACGACCAUUCAUGUUUUUAAUGCGAGAAUUUUAUGGCUUUCCCCGCAGGGCAUUCAUCAGCAAACAACAUUGUCUGCCCACAUUUGUUUUUUUCGCACCUAAACAUUCAGUUUUUUGGUUCAAAAUUUUGAAUUUUCGAAUUUCCCGCCAAUUUUGGCAUUGUGUUUUAUGACGUCUAAAGUGCGAGAAAAUGCACGGGAUAAGUUGUAGUCUACUUGUUAAGCUUUAAUUUUGAUGGAUCUUUGGAUUAGAGAGUUAUUUUCGCAUUAAGGAAAGUGAAACAUCCGAAAAUACGGGGAUUUCGGAGAGAAAACUGGUUUUUGAAGAUGCGUAGUCACGUAAAAGUAAAGUAUUCACCAUCAGCGAUUUGUGACUAACUUGAAAUUAUAAUUUUUGAUGCUUUUGACACCAAUCGCAUAUAAAAUUACACUUUUUGGACAAAAAACCAAAAUUUCACCAAAAAAUUUUAGAAAACUCAAAAAAUUUACUUAAAAAACCGGUUUAAAAUACGAUAAUGAAUGUCAAUGCAAUCAAAAAAUACAACAGUAUUCAUGUUCACACUCAAUUUUUACUAUUUCCCCCGAGAGAAAAACUUGACCCAAAAUUUCCUUUGGGACAAGUCUUCCUUUCUGUUCGUGAAACCAGAAAAUACACAAAGCAGUAAAAGUUGUAAAUUAACUGAUGGAUGGGAAGAGAUCCCGCAGCUAAUUUCUCAGUCUUCCGAAUCCAUAAUGAGCGGCGUUCGUCACGCAUUACGGAAGCUGGUUGAAUGAAGAAGUUUAGACGCGACGGAUGUCUGGUUUCGGUCAAAAGUCGUUCUUCUGUCUAUUUCUGUCUUGUUUCAGAUGUCUUUUGGCAAUUUUUUAACUAGAUAAAUAGUUUAGAGUAAGCACAAAAAUUUUAGGAAUUUUGCACAGUGCAGUGGAAUUUUUUGUCUAUUGCACGGUGCAGAUGUCAGGUAAAUUGAUACAAGAUGAUGUCAGUGUGAGAAUAUGGUAUUUUUUACCUAGUAAGGUUAUUUUUCUCUUAUACGAUACUGUGGUAUCCGCACAGUGCGACAUUUUAUACUUCGCACUGUGCAGUUGGAAAAAAUGUCAUUUGCACAGUGCAGAUGUCAGGUAAAUUGACACAAGAUGAUGUCAGUGUGAGAAUAUAGUAUUUUUCACCCAGUAGGAUUGUUUUUGUCUGAUACGAUACUGUGGUAUCUGCGCACUGCGACAUUUUAUACUUUGCACUGUGCAGUUGGAAAAAAUGUCAAUUGCACGGUGCAGAUGUCAGUUAAGUCGAAACAAAGUAUUGUCAUGGCGAGAAUAUGGUAUUUUUUACCCAGUACGGUAAUUUAUGUCUUAUACGAUUCUGUAGUAUUUCCACAGUGCAACUUUUUAUAAUUCGCACUGUGCAGUUAGAAAAAAUUUCGAUUGCACAGUGCAGUGAAAAGCAAAUUUUUUUUGUUGAAUGGGAAAUCUUUUGUUACAUCAUAUACUAUAUUUGUACAUAAUUUUUUAGUCAUUUAUAUCAGUACCUUCUGCACUGUGCAAAUUUUUUCCAACUGCACUGUGCAGUCGCCAAAACUUUCGCUUUCUUUUUGCACUGUGCGCAGAUGUCAUAUUUUGCAUCUACACUCUCUAUCAUACCAUGAAGACAAAUUUCAAUUAUUCAUCGCAAACAUCUCGCCCUAUUAAGCCCCAAUAUUUACAUAGCCUGUUAUGGGUCUUUCCAGUUCCGAUUCGAUCCUCUUCCUUUUUUUCCUCUUCCUCAUCGCUAUUGUACGAAGAUCCGGAAGAGCGAAAGUUUUGCUUCUUUCCACUCUUCUACUCCAUCUUCUUUUCUCUUUUUUGAUUAGACAGUCAAUUAGAAGCAUAAUACAAAGGAAGAGCCCAAAAAUAUUUUCGACGGAUGUUACGAGGGAUAUUAUUGGGUGUUUCAAAGUGGAAAAGUUUAUUUUCCGACGCUACGGAGCUUGUUUUCAAGCUAAUUUUGCGUAUGAAAGAGCAAAAGUUCAUUGCACGGUGCGGUCAAAAAUUUUUUUGGAUUUUUGCACCGUGCAGAUGCUGGGCGGGAAACAGAAUUUUUUUUAUGUUGGUCAUGAGGCUACUGAAUUUUUGUGGUAAAAAUGGCGACAUCAAAUUUUACGAAUGCACCGUGCAAAAUUUGGUUUUUCGAAUUUUCGCACUGUGCGAAAAGAAAAAUCGGCGAAUGCACUGUGCAGAGAGACUAUUUUAGGCAAUUUUGAAAGUUUUCUGGUACAGUUAGACCUAGAAUUUAUUUUUCUAUUGCUUUAACAUAUUUUGGAAUCUCCGCACUGUGCAAAAAUCCAAAAUUUGUUUAUUGCACCGUGCAUUCAAAAAAGUUCGUUUUUUCGCACUGUGCAGAAGAAGAGCGUUAUGCCAAAUAAAAUUUAUAACACGUAUCUUAAAUCUUACCCCAAUAUCUUAUUCUAUACAAAAAAUUUCGAAAAUCACCAUUGCACUGUGCCAUUUCACAACUUUCUAUUUUCGCACAGUGCAAGUUCAAAAAUCUUUCCAUUCCCAGGAAUUCCCAAUAACUUCUGACAUGUCGUAUUUAUAGCCCUUAUACUUUGGUACUAAAACACUCUAUAGCCCAGAAACGGACUUUCUCAUCUCCAUUCUCAUCAGCUGUUGCACUUUUUGGUACUUUUGCACUUUGAGUACGAGUGCUUCCCGUUUAUCGGUUUAAUUAACCUCGCGGAUUAAAGGGGUUGGUAGUGUCACUCAUGUGCAUUGUAUAAAAUUUCUAUAUAUCUCAUGAGGUCGGGAAAACAAAUUUUUACGAAAUGCACAGUGCAGUUUUCGGUUUUUUGGGAUUUGCACGGUGCAGGAAGAUUAGAACUGCAAUUUAAAAGUGAGUAGAGGAUGCUAGAGCUGCGAAAUUUUGAUUGAGGAAAUGCUUUUUACUAAUACUAUUUUCUGCACUGUGCAAUUGUUUCAAAAUUUUUGAUUGCACUGUGCAAUGGAAGACUUUUGAAAAAUUGCACUGUGCAAAGUGCAAAACACUUCAGAAGUGACUGAAAAUGUAUCUAUAACAACUAUUAAGCCAUUUAUCAUACUGAUUAGUACCUUAUAAAGCCCUAAAGAUCCAAAAUUUUCCAAUUUUCCAAUCGCACAGUGCGAAAUUUUUACAUUUUUUCAUUGCACUGUGCAAAGUGCAAAACACUUCACAACCAAUUGAAAUUGCAUAUAUAACAACUUCUAAGCCAUUUGCCAUACUAAUUAGUGCUCUAUAAAGUCCUAGAAAUCCAACGUUACCCUUCCGCGACGUAUUUUACACCUCAAAUUUCCAAUUUUCCAAUCGCACAGUGCAGAAUUUUGAAAUUUUUUAUUGCACUGUGCAAUGUGCAAAACAAUUCAGAACCGAUUGAAAUUGUAUUUAUAACAACUUAUAAGCCAUUUGACAUACUAGUUAGUGCCCAAUAAAGUCCUAGAAAUCCAGCAUCACCCUCAAAACUUCCCCGCCCGCUGCAAAACAACACCAAAUUUUGAUCGCACUGUGCGCUCGCUGUAAUAAUUAUAUUAUUACUCUAAUGGGGUGGAAAAAACGAGUAGUCCUUCGAAGAAUCGUCAGCUCUAUAAAUAUUAUUUUUCCGUCAACACCAAAGUUUUUCGGUUUCAUGACGAUGUGUUACGUUUGCUGUAAUUUUUUAGUAAAAUUUAUUAUUUUUUUUUCUAUUUCAGGCCCAGAAAAUUAGAUUUCCAGUAUGUACGUAGUACAAAAGAUGAAUUUUAAUUGGGUUUUUAGAGGUUUCCUGGGAUUUUUGGAUAAAAAAUGAUGAUUUUUGGCUAAAAUAAGGUAGUUUUAGACUAGAAUUGUAAGAAAUACAAUGUCUAUUAAAUUUUCUAUACGUUUAGUAUAAUUUUAGAGACAAUAGAAGGGCUAAAAUACAAAAAGAAAUACCAUUUCAUUCAUUCCGACGCAAUCUCAUCCAAAAUAAUGCCAAUUUUGCCUAAAACCAUGUAAAACCCCUCUCGAAAUCGGCAAAUUCUCAAAAAUUAUUUUGUACAGACCUUUGCGAAUACCAUACGAAGCCUCGGGAUGACAUUUCGCUCUCAAAUUAUUCGGCUGCACUCGUGGUUCGCUCUCUUCCGCCCGAAUGGGGCUCUUCGGGGCCUCUUGAGAAUCGGGUUUCAAACAUUUUCAUAAGGUGUUCGUAAUCGGAAUGUCUCUCUCGUCUUGUAAUUCCUUGUAAUUCCUCUCGCUGUACAGUCAGGAAAUCAAUUAUCGGUUUGUGUACAAGCAAAUUGGAAAUUUUGUGGGAGAGAAGUGGGUUUUCGAAGGGGAAAAACUGGUAAAAAUAAUGUUCUACUUGAGCGUAGAUGGUUAUGUAUCAUUUUAUUUGAAGUCUAAUUUAUUUUCGACACUAGUUUCAGUCGAUCUAGACAUUAAUUUUUGGGUUAUCAUGAAGAAAUAGUCGAAAAUCUGAAAAAUUUGAGAUUUUCCUUCAAAAAAUCAUUUUUUUAUUUAAUUUUGCUAUUGGCAAGUAUGUCUAAUGCACUUUUCUUGAUGCCUGCUACCUUUUUACUACCUCAACUCACCGAUUUACCUUUCAAUUUUUAGAUCAAAAACCAAAACAAUACAAAAAAGUCUACUUUUCGAAUUUUCCUCGCAAAAAAUCCUAUUUUUUAGUUGUUUACCCCAAAAUUUCGAAGGCAUAUGGUUUUUCACCGCGAGUUUAUUGUUUAUCCUAUUAUACAAAUGCGAUUAACACUCGGUCAUAUGCUCUUUCGCCGAGUUAUAUUCGAAAAACCGCCAUCUGCAGGAGCGGGGACUCGAACUUGCGCCGAUCCAGGCGGUUGCUUAACUUGCCAGAUCGGACAAACCUCUAUUGCCUAGGGUUUUAAAGGGAGAUUUUGCGUAUAAAACUGUUUAAAGGAGGGGAAACGUCGAGAAAUCAAACGUAUGACCAGCCAUUUUUGUUUUCCCAACCCCCAACCCACCCUUAUCACGGCCGUUAUCAUCAAAGAUCAGUCGGCGAAGGAAUCGCCGCUUUGCUUCUUGCUCUCCCACUAACCAACAACUCUAUUUGCAGUACACGAACGUCGGCCUCUGGACACGGCCCUCCAUGCCGGCACUCUGAACGCGCUCUCCGAACGCAGCGUGGAGGUGAUUCGAAACGGCGCCGACAUUCAGUUGCCGCCGCCCCAGCCCCGCCGCCAAGCACCGUUGCCGCGCAAUUGGCGAUUGGCGUACGGACAGUCCUACAGUGCAACGACGUCGCCGAAUCGAGUGUCCACCGGGCAGAAGUUGCGACAGCGGAUUGCGAACAGCGCCACGGUGCAGUCGGUAAGUUUAGCGGUAUAAUGUGCGAUUUUUGGGGGAAAUGACGGGUAAAAAUGAUAAAAAGUAACAACAAAGAUAGGGUAUCCGUAUUUUACAAAAAAAUCAGCUUGAAACACAAAGCCAAAAAAUUUGAAUUUCGCUGCAGGAGUCAAAUUUUAAUUUUUUUCUGAUGUAGAUGCUUGGUUUGUAUUUUACAUUGACUCUGACCUUUUUUUUGUAAUUUUAGUAAAUUGCAACACAAUGCCAAAGUUUCAAAUUUUCGCUUUGAAACAAAAAUUUUACGAAAAUUACGUUGUAUUUUACUAAAAAUCACAAUAGAUGUGAUCUAACAUCUUUUUUCGACAUUAAAGCCAUUUGAAACACAAUGCCAAAGAAUCAAAUUUUCGUCGUGAGACUCAUUUCCCGUAUCAAAAUUGUAAAAAAAAUGAAUAAUAAGCCAUUUCCGCUUCAAUUUGUAAUUUCGAACAAACCACUCUUGUCUUCGUGAUUAAAAAUUUUCGUAUAGCUGUGUUCUUUUGUGUUUUGUUAUUACUUUCGCUCCCGCAUUUUUUUCACGGUCGUCCGGGCCGGCUCAUGAAUUUUGAAUAUUUGUUACGUUCCGCAAAUGAAUAAUCCUGCAAACGACGCGAAAACAAAAGCAAUACGAAAAAUGGAGCGUGCGAAAAAAAGGCGAGAGAAGUUUUUUCGGCCAUUGGAAAAAGUUUACAGCGGGCGUUCGGACAUGGAUAAUAUAAGGUGAAUUGAUGAAUUUUGGGCAAAAUUUUUGAGAGAAAAUUGUUUUCACAUGCUUUUUUACUCAUAAUACGCUGUCUGGAAAUGAAAUUUGCAAAUGGUUUUGCGGUUUUUGACACUUUUCGACCUUAUAUUAUCCAUGACAUACCAGUUAUAAAAAUUUUUCCAAAAAUCAAAUUUUUCGAAAAGUACCGGAUAAAAAAUAUUUUUAUUGCUCUUUCUAAGCCCUAUCUUUCCUACUGACGUCAUUUCUACGAUCAAAACUUCCGUCCGAUUUUUUGCUUUUUUGAAUUUCCCGCCAAAACUAAAAACGACCAAGUACUAUCAACCGGCUUAAAAUUGAAUUUAUACUUCUUCGUAAAGGUCAAAAAUCAUUCCGUUACCAUUUCCGACCAAAAACAAGUCUUGCAACAGGAUGCCAAGAUUUUGAAAAUUUGGCGGGAAAUUCAAAAAUAAAUGAAAAUCUCUCUGAAAUUGCUUUAAAUUGGUUUUAUUCUUCCUCAUAGACUCUUCGAUUAUCAUUUGCGACCAAAAACAAGCCUUGCAACAGAAGGCCAAGAUUUUUUCUACUACGCGGGAAAUUCAAAAAUCCAUAAAAAAUCUCCUUGAAAUCGCAAAAACAUCCCAAAAAACUGAUUUUUACGGCAAUUGCAUCAUGCUUCUCUGUUCCAUAUUCCCCAUCGAACCUUCCAGACAGCAUUCUUCGUAAGGUCAUUUUGACGCAAAGCCUCUAUCGCGAUUCUCCGCAGUUUUCGUUCGACUUCACGCGUCGCGAUCCACUUCACGUCGGACAGGUUUUUACCUGUCUUCGACUACCUUUGCUUAUCCGAAAAAUAACUAUUUUUGAGCUUUUUCCACCGUUAUUCCAACAACGGAGGGCUUUUUCGCCUCUUUGAAGUCACUUUUCCCCGAAACAUGUGCUUAGAAAGCUAAGCUACUGGAUUUGCAAGGCUUAUCGGGGAGAUUUUCUUGGUGAUUUCGUAAGAAAUAUACGUUUGCACUCAAGGAAUUGAAAAUUUUUGAGAAUUGCACGGUGCGAGAAAAAUUUGAAAAUUGCACUGUGCGGAGUGACUGUAAAGGCUAAAAUACGGAAAUAGUCGUAGAUUUUUGGAGAUUUUUUGCGAUGGAAUACUUUAUAGGGCCUAAAAAUUUUCAUACUAAAAUUUUCCUCACUGUGGCGUCAUCUAUUCGACUGCACUGUGCGAUUUUUUCAACUGCACUGUGCGAUAGAAUUUGGAUGCCCAAAAAAGCGGGUCAAAUCGGAGAACCAAAAAAUUUUUUGCUCUCAUUGUACUCUCCUAGACCUAGAAAUUCAAACUACACCAAAAUUUUACCCUCUCUACAUUUUUACCCUCCGCACUGUGCAAUUUCAAAUUUUCGCACAGUGCAGUCCGCAAACCGGCUUUUCUCUCCGAAUUUUUGAUGAAAUAAUCUAAUUUCUUCUUCUGUAUUCAAUAUCCUUCGAGUAUUUUCUGCGCUCAGCAAGCCAUUUCAAUCUAAUUCGCCUCAAAAAUCUGCUUAAUUCUAAUGGGAUCGAGAAAAUUGGAAAAAUUAGCUCCGUUCGAAAAACUGAGCGGCUUCUCACGCUUUUUCUCAACGUUUUUUCGGCUCAGCGAAUCUACUUUUAUUAGAAUCUGCUUGAUUUUCAUUCUUAUGUAACGAUUUUUUGCUCGAAAUUUUACUUUUAUUUUUUUCGAUUUCAAAAAUUUUUUUUUUUAUUUUUAGAUUUUGCUUACAGGGGAAGUACUUCAAGUGUGACGCUCAGAUUUUCUUUAAAUUUUGCACACACAUCGGGUAUGGACUAUAUAUCAAUUCCUGAAAGUUUUAGCUCGCGCUUUGCGGGCGCCGCCGAGAUAUCGAACGAUUUUUGCCGCCGAGAGAGCACGCUAAACGUGGAGAGCGGUCAGAGAGAAGAGCGCUUUUUGGCCAUAACUUUGGCAGUUUCGUGCGGAAAAAUUUGAUUUUUUGUAGAAACAUUAUCCUUUACAGUUGAAAUAGGCAUGAAACUUUUCGUGCCGAAAUUCGGCAAAAAGUCCUAAAUUUUCGCCGACUUUCGAUCUAAAAAUCUCGGUUGUUUCUGUAAAGCGCGAGCUAGGAUUCUCGCAUAUAUCUUAGAAAAAAUUAUUCUAAAUUUAUGCCAAGUUUCAUCAAAAUCUGAGCGUCACACUUCAAGUACUUCCCUUGUUAAAUCUUAGCUCUCAAAAAUCAUUUUCGAACGUGACAAAUGUUGAAAUCAUGUUUGCCUCGAGGGUAAAUACAAACAACUGUGGCCGAUUUGUUGAAAAAACGGCCAAAACCCCCAAAAAAUUUUUCGCUUUCCUCUAUUUCUCAAGUUCAAAACGACCUUUUUUGUCUGAUAAACUGAUAGUGAAUCGCUCAUAAUCCUGUAACAAGUGCUUUCCCAUGUAUUUUAGCGGUCUAAUCAGUCACUCUUUACCCCCCAAAAUCCCCUUUGUUGGACUUUUUUUGAGCCCGAUUAAUGUUUGUUCGGUCUUUUUUUUGUCGCAGAACUCGUUUCAUAGAGGUGUGUUCGUCUCAAUUCUGACCGGUGAUGGCUCGGAUUAUGAUUUCAUGGAGUAAAUUUUCAAGUAUUUUUAUGCACAGUGCAGUGAAAAUUUGACUGCACUGUGCGGCGGAAUUUCGAUCGCACAGUGCGAGGUUUAGGUGGACCGCACCGUGCAGUUUUCUGCGACAAAAAAUUUUGUUUGCACAGUGCGUUAAACUUUGUUAUCGCACAGUGCAAAAAAUCUCUUUUGACUGCACUGUGCGACAAAAGAUAUUUUUCGCACAGUGCAGUGAAAAUUUGGUCUGCACUGUGCAGCGGAAUUUCGAUCGCACAGUGCAAAAUUUGGGUGGGCAGCACUGCGCAGUUUUUUGCGACAAAAAAAUUUUGUUUGCACAGUGCGUUAAACUUUGUUAUCGCACAGUGCAAAAAGUCUUUUUUCACCGCACUGUGCGAGAAAAGAUAUUUUUCGCACAGUGCAGUGGUAAUUGGCGUGCACCCUGCAAUUUUUUGCUUUUUGCACAGUGCAGUAGAAUUUGGACUUUAGGUGGGCCGCACUGCGCAGUUUUUUGCUACAAAAAAAAUGUUUGCACAGUGCGUUAAACUUUGUUAUCGCACAGUGCAAAAAAUCUCUUUUGACUGCACUGUGCGGCGGAUUUUUGAUCGCACAGUUCGAAAUUUAGGUGGGCUGCACUGUGCAAUUUUUUGCGACAAAAAAUUUUUGUUUGCACUCUUUUGACUGCACUGUGCGAAAAAAAUAUUUUUCGCACAGUGCAGUGGUAAUUCGCGUGCACCGUGCAAAUUUUUGAUCUUUGCACAGUGCAGUAAAAUUUGGACUUCGGGCGGACCGCACUGUGCAAUUUUUGCGACAAAACAUUUUUUCGCACAGUGCGUUAAACUUUUUUAUCGCACAGUGCAAAAAAUCUCUUUUGGCUGCGCCGUGCAUUUUUUUGCUUUUUGCACAGUGCAGUAGAAUUUGGACUUCAAGCGGGCCGCACUGUGCAAUUUUUUUGCGACAAUUUUUUUUUCGCACAGUGCAGUGAAAAUUUAUUGCACUGUGCAAAUUUUUGCUUUUUGCACUGUGCAAGAAAUUUUUCGCACAGUGCAAUUUUCGCAAAAAAUUUUAACUGCAAAAACCAUCCCAAAAGGCACCUGAUGUAAUUAAUAACCCGUCUAAUACAUGAUCACUGAUCACUGUAAACCGAAAUAAAAUUGUUUUUGAUCAAAAGAAACACCCAUUUCAGUGGUAUGAAGUUUCCGUGAAUUUGACGGUAAAGAAAGGUGAAUAGACUGUUUCCUAUAAAUUUGAAGACAUUCAGCUGAUUAACUUUUACCUUGAAUGCCCACUUUCGAUGUUGAAGUAAAUUGCACUUUGGGGGUCAAGGAUGAGAGGGUUUUUCGGGAAAAUAAAAUGAUUGCACAGUGCAGCGGAACUUUUAAUGCGCUGAAGUGUUAUAAUCUAUGAAGCGGAAGCCUGCACUAUGCAGUGGGGGUUUUAUUUCUUAUUUUUUUAAUGGAAAGCUUGUAUACAGUGCAAUUGAUUUUUGAUCGCACAGUGCAAUCAAAAUUACAUCGCACUGUGCGAUUUUUAGAAGCCGCACGGUGCAAAGAUUGUUUUGCGACAAAAAAAUUUUUGCACUGUGCAAUCUUUUUUUUUUCAUUGCACUGUGCAAAAAUAAUUUUUUGGCUGCACUGUGCAAAAAAAAUUUUAUCGCAAAAAAUUGCACUGUGCGAAAACACUUUUGUCGCAAAAAUUACAUUGUGCAAAAAAAAUUGUCGCAAAAAAAUUGCACUGUGCAAAAAUAAUUUUUGUCGCAAAAAUUGCACUGUGCAAAAAAAUGUUUGUCGCAAAAAUUGCACCGUGCAAAAAAAAUUUUGUCGCAAUAAUUGCACUGUGCGAAAAUAUUUUGUCGCAAAAAUUGCACUGUGCGAAAAUAUUUUGUCGCAAAAAAUUGCACUGUGCAAAAAAAAAUGUUUGUCGCAAAAAAUUGCACUGUGCAAAAAAAAUUGUCGCAAAAAUUGCACUGUGCGAAAAUAUUUUGUCGCAAAAAAUUGCACUGUGCAAAAAAAAAAUGUUUGUCGCAAAAAAUGGCACUGUGCAAAAGUUUUUUUAUCGCAAAAAAUUGCACUGUGCAAAAAAAAUGUCGCAAAAAUUUCACUGUGCAAAAAAAAAUGUUUGUCGCAAAAAUUGCACUGUGCAAAAAAAAAUUGUCGCAAAAAUUGCACUGUGCGAAAAAAAAAAUUUGUCGCAAAAAUUGCACCGUGCGGGUCAAAAAUCGCACAGUGCAAUGCCUAAUUUUGAUCGCACAGUGCGAUCAACAGUGUUUUCGUUUCAAUACCAUCUCCAUUUCCCGUCACUCAUAUACAUAAUGAAAACAGUUUUCGGAGAGAGGAUUAUCGCUCCAAACUGCCUUUUAAUUAAAGGGAUGCUUAUCGCUUCCCUUUCCGCGGGUCAUAUGUUCAGCCCAUCCGCUUUUCUUUGUUAUUGUGUGGAACAACACUGAUAAGCGCGGUCGUCGUCGCGUUUCAUCUCGCGGUCCACAAUUGGCGAUAAUUUGGCGAUUCCUAAGAGGCUUUCGGCGUCGCCGGCGGACGUCAUGCAUCUAUAAUAAUAUUCGCGGCCGGCUGUAGUUUUGGAUGGGGUUGGGCGAAAACAACUUGGGGUGAUAGGCCUAUUGAUUACUGUGACACUUCCUCGUGAUAACAAAAAUAUUAUUUUUUGCACUUUCAUGACGGACGCCUUUUUUUGGUUUUACAAUUUUCGCCGCACGGUGCGGUGAAAUUUUGACUGCACUGUGCAGUGAAAUUUCAAAUGUAAAAUGCAGGAUUUUGACGCUUGCGCGAGGUGAAAUUUUGAUUGCAAUAGUUUUUUACUCUACUACGUAAAAGUAUAUUCCAUUACAUCUUACAAUAACACGCGCCUAAAUUGCGCUACGCGACAAACAAAAUUUUUCGCACAGUGCAAUAAAAUUUUUACUGCACCGUGCAGAUCGGGGUAUAAGUUUCAGGAAUUUAUUGGUAUUUAGAGUGGCAAAAAACAUACCAUUGUGCAUCCGGGAAGUAUCCAAAAAUGCGACAAAAUACGUUCAUUAUUUUCCCGACAGACUGAUACUGUUUUUUGUGUUUCGGGUGCUUCGGGUAUCUUGUCUUGCCUGUAGGAAUAACACCGUCUGAACAGGCUGAUAUUAUACUAUUUUAGAGCCCUAAUCCUUUACUUGUAUUGUAUCGCUAAUAGGCUACAUCUUCUGUCAUGGUUAUUGGCUACCCUGCAUCAUUUUUUGCAUAUUCUCCUUUAGUCAUCAUCCUCCGUCAUCCUGGUCCAAAUGUAUAGGAUUUCUCUGUAUUUUAGGGCCCAUCCCCCACCCUCCAUCACUUGUAUUUUGCCCAAUACUCCCAUAAUACACACAUAGAACUGUGGUGAUCGAACAACUCGUCCCAUCCGUCCUCUGGGCGACAUCUCUGACUUGACCGCAAUUUUGUAGUUUUUGCGAUAAUCCACCUCUCUUCGCUUGUCGUUAUCGGUGGGGAUCCGCUUACCGCGCCUUUGGCUAAAUUUAGUAGCGGAUUACAGCGACAAAUCGGGGUAUGGAGCACCUAUCCUUGGCUCUCGAUGUGCUAUAUUUACAAGCAAUUGAAUGGGAUGGGGUCAUUACGGGACUUAUAAUGCCUCAGGGAAGUUUUUUUAUAAUUUCUCUCCGGGUUUAAUAGACUCCUCAUCCAUCUGACUGAUGAUUUACUGACUUGUUUUUGUGUGAUUCAACAGUCAUCGGGUUGAUAUCAUAUGCGAGAAGCGGUUGUUUUCCGCAUCAAUGACUCGCCUUCGCCAUACAGACAAUUUUUUUGUGACGAUCCACUUCCGCCUUUGUCAAAUUAGAUUCGCCUAUUGCAAUGAUGUGUUGUGGGAACGUCGGCUUUAAAAAGUUACUGCAUGUUCUUUUCGUCUGAAUUUCAAUCGCGUUAGGGGCAUUUAUCGACAGAACCAUCCAUUAAAUUUUUUUACCAUCUUUUGUAUCCUUUGAUUAUGCCGCAAAAUUCUCCCAUAACCACCGAUUUGUAGCCUUAGUCCGGUGGGAAAUUGCAGUUCUCCUCAUAAGGUCUAAUCUUAUCAGCUUGGUGCAACAGAUUGCUCUUCAAACUACAGGGAGCAGGGGUUUACGACCUUCUCUUUGAGGCUCGAACAUGUCUUUAUGUCUUGUUCCUUGGAGGCUCGAAUAUGCCUUGUUCCUUCGUGUCUUGUCUUCAGGAGGUCUUACAAGGACCGUCUUUGAUAUGAGGCAUACGGAAUUUGAUUAAAAUUAGCUCCGAUAACCCAACUAGGAUUCUUUUUAAGGAGCCCGCCGGCCAGCAUGUACAGUGGCGGACCUGAUCCACUGGCAAAAAACGUACCAUUUUGCAUCCGGGAAGUAUCGAAAAUGUAGCAAAAUACCUCCCUUUCUAACUUAAAAAAUCCCGGUUUUCAAGAGCGUCUCACAAAAAGAACUGGUGCGCUUUAAAAUAGGAGUUUUUUCACUUGGAUAUGGAGGUGUUUUGCUACAUUUUUUGAUACUUCCCGGAUGCAAAAUGAAACGUUUUUUGUCACUAGAUCACGUCCGCCACUGUGAUGUAUGAUUUCGUAAGAAUAUAGGAGAUUCCUAGCUGCCACAGUUCAGAAGUCCGUUUCUCAUCUGGUCGACUCUCCUCAUAUCAAGCUCUAUCGAAAACAAGAACUUUGAAUAUCUCGGCUGCUGCGGAAAAUUUGGAGCUAAAGUUUUCAGUGACUUAUAAGUGGCUAGCUCACAACCGGCAUGCUGAAUUUUCAUAAAAAUCAGUGUGCCUUUCCUCAAGGCUUUGCUUGUUUGUAGGGCUCGAAAAUUCCGAGCUUUGUCUUACAAUAUGAGAAGUUUUCUUCCCAUUUCUGCCAAAGCCGGCAAAAAUAAGGCCAAAAAACGUUUUUCUCUGUGACCUAUCCUCAUUUUGCGUACUCUCUCAGCGGCAAAGAUCGUUGAAUAUCUCGGCUGUCACUGCAAAGUGCGAGCUAAAACUUUCGGGAAUUGAUAUGUGGCCUAUUCCUGAUGUGUGUGCAAAUUGUAAGGAAAAUCUGAAGGUCGCACUUGAAGCUGUAGCCUUCCUUUUUAGCCCCUAUCUCAUACAAAUUUAGUUUACAAAAAAGCUGUAAUCUUUUUCUUUCCAACACCCCCUCCACAUUGUCACCCCAUUAAAAAUAAAUUUCGUUUAAUACCGUUUUAAACUGCGUUCCCAUUAUCACACACGCAAAAAUCAAAUGCGGCUGAAUGGAUGGUUUGUGUGGACGGUACAAAACGGCUCUUCAUAUUUUCGGAAAGUGUUUUUUCGCAUCAACCUUGACCAAUUUCCGCAACGAGCGGUUCGGCGUUAUCAGCGGUGAAUAAGAGCGUGUGUGCGGCGCGCUAUCGAUUCGCUGAGGGGUUUUUCCCGCCCGACGAUGCGGAGAGCGAUGGGAUUAAAACUUUUGUGGGGUGACGACGAAGUGUAGGCUUAGGAAGUAUCAUCAAGACGCGUGUAGGCGUCUUGAUGAUAUGUUGGGGAGUCUGUGAGUCAUGCUGGCUGGGGUGUAGCGGCUUCACAGAGCAUUGUAAGCCUCACAGUUUUGGAAAUUAAAGAGGCUUACAAUACAUAGAGCAACAUUUGUAGCAGGGCCUGUAAUCCACAUUUUUCGACGUUUCAGUCUGUCGGGAAAAUAAUGGGCAGAAUGUCGCUCGUGUUGCUGAAGUGAAAAUCUAUUAGAUUUUGUUGCGACACAAUUACAGUAGUUGACCUGAUCCAGUCGCAAAAGGGUACCAUUUGAAGUACCAAAAAUGUAGCAAAAUACCUCCAUCUCCAAGUGAAAAAGUCCGAUUUCAGAAGCAGUUUUUUUGUGAGGGAAAAAAUAUUAAAAGGGUAGUUGGAAAGGGAGGUAUUUUGCCCCACUUUUUGAUACUUCCCGAAUGCAAAAUGAUAAUUUUUUGCCACUGGAUCAGGUCCGUCACUGUAAUUUCCUCGGCGGCAAUGUGGAUUUUCGAUCCGACACAAUGCUCAUUAUUUUCCCGACAGACGGUGACAGUGGCUGACCUGAUCCAUUGGCCAGAAAAACGCACAAUUUUGCUUUCGGGAAGUGUCAAAAAUGUGGCAAAAUACCUCCCUCUCCAAGUAAAAAACCUCGUUUUGAAAGGCGCUUUUGAAAUUGAAGUUUUUUCACUUGGAAAGUGAGGUAUUUUGCCACAUUUUUUGAUACUUCCCGGAUGCAAAAUGAUAAUUUUUUGCCACUGGAUCAACUCCGCCACUGUAUAUCACCAUUUUUGACGCGACAAUUAUGGCUAUGACAUUAGAAUCCCAGAAUAAAUCAUAGAGAAUGCCCCCUUUUGUCCAGUUGACCUUCUUUCAACCUUUUUGCUCUGGCUUUCUUUAUGGGCUGAAUCGCUUAUGAGCGUAUAUUUUGGACCCACAAAAAGCGAACUUUCCACCCUGCAAAACACGUUGCCCAGAGUUUAACAAAGACUCCUUGGUCACUGUGAAGCCAUUCCGCUGACUCUUCGAUUUAUUUCCUGCUCCAUCAUUUCAUUUGAUCUGUUUUUGUUGCAUCGCUCAAAACAAGCUGGUCUGUAUACACUGUGGUAAAGUUCUAUGACGCUUGGAACGAGCGGCCCUACGACUUUUCGGGACAUGGACAGUUUGGGUCAGCGAUGCUGUAGAUCGCGUCCGUUUGUCGUCGUAUGCAUGUGAGAGGCUAGGAGAAGGCUUAUUUAGUGGAAAUAAUAUGAUUGAUCGGGUCUUAGAAUAGUUAAUCAUAAUUUUUGAGGCCAUUAACAUGAACUCACAUCAAUAAUAUCCAGUCUUCGCCAAGUGUCUGCCGAGCCUUCUCCGAGUAUCCGGCGGAUAUCGAGCUACUUUAAUAGGCCUCGUAAGCAACUCCUAGUACUUUUUUUGUAUCCGCCUGUCUUACGCCCCGUAGAUUUCUUUGGAAUGACCUUACGGCCUUCUGACCAACUUGUUCAACCUCUUUGUCCUCGAAAACAGCCUUUUAAUCCCCCAAAAUUUUCCCAAAUUUUCCCAGAAUCACGCGACACGUGUCCCCGCUAAGCCCCUGAUGUCUGAAGUUUGAGUUUCAAACAAACCGGGGUCAAUUUUAACCCAAAAGUUUGCACAACUUCUUUACUCUCUAGGCUCUCCGCGAAGCGUGCAGUCCGUGAAUGUUUGCAGUUAGUUCAUUUCCAAAUGUUGACAAAAUUGCAGCAAGUUGUUAUUUUCGAAGACGGUUCGAGUCCUUUGGGGUUGUUAUUUUCAAUAAUUAGUCUUCUCAACUAUUCGUUUGCUAUUGUAAAAACUGCGUGUCAGAUGAAUUAUCAUCAUAGUGAGAUGUUGGAAAAUAAGAUGGUCAUUGUAAAGAUGACCGUAUCCUUUGUAUUUUGAAACUACUAUCCGAUUAUUUCUGGUCUUUAUUUCAAAUUGCUGUCCAGAAAAUGCGUCAUGAUGACACUAGUUUAAAAUGUGCCAGUGAGAUAAGCAGUCGCUGCAUAAGGCUAGUAGUACUGUACAGAGCUUGUCAAAAAAUUUUGGACACUACACAAAGUUUUUUCUAAAAAAAUCCAGAAAAUCCGUCAUCCAAAUUACAUAUUGCAAAAGUUUUGAGCUUAAUUUUUUUUUUCUGGGUAGUCCAGGGUGUACUGCUAGACGUAUACAUCUAUUGUUUAUACCACUGGCGCAUUUUAAACAGGUGUCAUUAUGACAUAUUUUCUGGACACACCGUCUUCCAAAUUGGUUAUUGCAAAUUUUGAAAUUAAUUUUUUUGUGGGUACUCCAGGGAGUACUCCUAGCCAUAUACAGCUUUUUUUAUGCCACUGGCACAUUCUAAACAGGUGUCAUCAUGACACAUUUUCUGGACACACAAAGGUUUAUGUCCCGAGCCAUAUAUCUUUUCAUACAGUCCCAGCCAUAUAUCUUGUCGACUUCGUAUCAAAAUUUCGUGAUAACACCGUGUCGUACGAACUUUCAUUGCAUACCUUAUUGUGGUAUGUGUUCCAGAAAUGACCGCUGAUAUAUCACACGCAAAAUUCGAGACUCCCUCGACCUCGGACAACUCGAACUCGGUGCUGCGGGUUCACGACGAGUCCAACGAGAAUGAAGAGAGUUUCGAAAACAAUAAAGUCAUGUAUCCCUCGGUGUGGCUGAAGGAGAUGUGGUUUCAGCUGGCCUACAUGCUGAUUCUUUGGCCUAUUUCUUAUGUUGUACGUGAGAGCGACUUGCAAUUCGAAUAAAUUAGAGAAUAGGGAGAAAAAUCAAAAAAUUGGGGUUCAAAAUUUAGUAGCAACAUCUAAUUGUUUUGCUUGCAGUUCCAACGCGGCCUGAUUGAGUUCGCGCCGGGCCAGGUGCAGCGGCUGCGGGCGCGCAUCACCUCCAAGGAGGCACAACACGACCCGAACGGCUCGGCCGGCUCCUUCGACCUCAUCGGCCAGUACCAGCGCCUCCAGAACCACCAGUCCCCGCCCACCAGCCGCGACCUCUACCGCCGCCGCAGACGCACCUCGGUCCCGCUGCAACACGAAGCCGACCGCAUCUCGCCCGCCCAUCCCGACUACCAUAUCAGCGCCUUCUUGGACGAGAACAUGCGUCCGCCAAAGUUCGACGUCCUCUUGCGGCAGCCGAUGCCAUCGCGCGAGGUGCAGGAAGAGAAUGCCUGGGACUCGAGUCAAGCCGGCAAGUCGGUCAACAUCUACGUCCGUGAUGAUGACAAAUUGACACUGCAUCGACAUCCGGUGGCACAAUCGACCGACUGUAUUCGCGGCAAGAAGGGGUAUAGUCGAGGGUUCCAUGUGUGGGAGAUUGUUUGGCCAUUGAGGCAACGCGGAACGCAUGCUGUGAUUGGAGUGUGCGACAAAAGUGCGAGAAUGCAGAUGGCUGGGUACAGUUCGCUGAUUGGAAGUGAUGAGCACAGUUAUGGAUGGGAUAUCAGUGAGUUUUUUGGGAUUUUUUGAGAUUUUUGGGCUUUUAGUCAUCAAAAAAUUGUAAAAUUUCAUUAUGACGGAUUUUAUGGAGUUCUGAAGCGAGAAAGAUUAGGGUGACAUUUUAUACGAAAAUUUUUUUGGUAUUUUGAAAAUGCCGAAAUAUGAAAAAUAUGUCAUCAUGACGGAUUUUAUGGAUUUUUCAAGCGAAAAAAUUAGGGUGACAUUUUAUACGAAAAAUUUUCUUGAGAAUUUUAAAGGUGCAGAAAUGUGAAAAAUACGUCAUCAUGACGGAUUUUAUCGAUUUCUCAAAAAAAAAGUUAGGUGACAUUUUAUACGAAAAAAGUUUUUUUGAUGGUGCAGAAAUUUGAAAAUAGUUAAGCAUGACGAAUUUUAUGGAUGUUGAAAAAGCGACAUUUUAUACGAAAAUAUUUUUUAUUCAAAAUUUUGAACAUUUAGGCGAUACCAUAAAAAAAUCCUGUAUUGACACCUGCCGUAUUUUACCGUAACCAAAUUUCCUUUUCAGUCCGAAACCAAGGCCUACACAUGGCCAAGACCAAGUCCCAUUGGACCUAUCCCGACCCCGCCCUCGUUGACAGCAGUUUCCAAGUCCCCGAAAAGGUCUAUUGCAUUCUGGACAUGGACGAGGGAUACAUGGCAUUCGCGACCGAAGAGAAAUACCUCGGUGUGGCGUUCCGCAACCUCAAAGGCAAAGCGCUGCAUCCGGUGGUGUGCGCCGUCUGGGGACAUUGCGAAAUCACCAUGCGAUAUAUGGGAUCGCUUGAUCGUAAGUGGAUUUUUGAGGGCUUUGGGGGAUUUUUUGGUGAUUUUGGAUAGAAAAAAUUGAUUUUUGAAAAUCAAAAAAAAAAAAUUGUUAUUUUUUUAAAAUUUUGGUUAAAAAAUCUCAGUUUUAUUUGCAAAAAGAAAGUUAAAAAAAUAUUGAAUAUGUGUUAAAAAAAAUAUUUUAAAAUUGCGCAAAAUUUCAUCGAUUUUUUUAUUAAAAAUUUUUUAAAAAACCCUAAAAAUAAAGAAAUUUUUUUUUCGAAAAAUUCAAAAAUAAGCCUAAAAUCCUUUAAAAAACAUUUUUUGUCAUCCAUUGAUUUCAAAAUUUCGCAAAAUUUCAUCAAAAAAAAUUUAAAAAAUCCCAAAAAACAAAAAAAUUUUUUUUUCGAAAAAUUCCAAAAAAUCCCAAAACUUUUUUAAAAAUAUGUUUUUUCUAAUUUUUCUCAUCAAUUUUCCACUCAUUUCCCCCCAUUUCAGCCAAGCCCCGAAGCCUAAUGGAGAUCUGCCGGCGCACGAUUCGCCUUCAACUCGGGCCUUCGAGCAUCGACAAGGCCGACGAUUUGGACCUGCCGAACAGCCUCAGGGACUACGUGCUGUUCCGUCCGACGGUCGGCAGUGCUCUCCUGUAA